UCCACCCGUAUUUCUAUUGAUCGCACGGAUCUGUCAGUAACCGGAUACGGCGUGGGGUCAGUACUAAGUAGUUUUUUCGUGUUCAUUUUCUCCUCAUGUGUGCAUGAAUAUUUUUAUCAGUUGUUAUAAGUCUAUUUGUCUCGGUUAGAUCGGGGUUUUGUUAUUAUAAGUACGGGAAUGGAGAAAAUGGUUUAAUAACCCACACCCACAGCACGGUUCACUCUCGGUAGCUCCAGCUUAUCCCGGUCUUACCAGGUGGCUUCAACUUGCGCAGUCUGUCGCUAAACAUGGCAGGAGGGUUGAAAGUGGGAUUCGUGCAGCUCAUGCACUAUUUGCAGGACCCUCAGCACGUCGCGCGUUUCCAACAGCUAUGCGGGGUGCGCGAAACCGACACACGUGACAAACUAAGUAACGGGGUAACAGGCACGCGCCACGGGGAUGUUGAUAACGGAGGCGGGGAUGCCACCCGCCGUAGACCAGCAGGAGCAGAGACCGACAGGGAGAAACGCAAUAACGGCGUGUCGAACGGAGCUGCGGGAGAAACCGGGCGGCCACGGGAUAAGGACGAGGACGACGCUCAAGGAUCCUCGGUGAAGCCGUUGCGCAGAAACUCUCUCACCGGAGACGCCGGGCAGGAGUUCAUCAUCGAGAAUAAGUUUCUCUUCUACCUGUUCACGCUCGGUACCGAGCUUGGAAACGAGCUGUUCUACAUCUCAUUCUUCCCGUUCUUCAUAUGGAACAUAGACGCAUAUGUGAGCCGCCGGCUCGUCGUGGUCUGGGUGUGGGUCAUGUAUCUCGGCCAGUGCACGAAAGAUGUUAUCCGGUGGCCGAGACCUGCCUCGCCCCCGGUGGUAAAGGUGGAGAUGUUCUACAACUCAGAGUACAGCAUGCCCUCUACUCAUGCCAUGUCCGGGACCGCCAUACCCUUGUGCCUGUUCUUGCUGACCUACGGUCGAUGGGAGUAUCCUCUGCUGCUGGGUCUCUCCCUGGCCUUCAGCUGGUGUUUCCUGGUGUGUUUGAGCCGCAUAUACAUGGGCAUGCACUCCAUACUGGACAUCAUUGUCGGUUUCCUGUACAGUUUGCUGAUCGUAGUGGUCUUCAGUCCUGCUCUGGAGAUCAUUGACACCUUCAACCGCACCCAUCGCUACGCCCCGCUAAUCAUCAUCUCUCUUCACGUGGGUCUGGGUCUCUUCUCCUUCACCUUGGACACCUGGAGCACAUCACGCGGCGACACAGCCCAAAUCCUGGGCUCUGGUGCGGGUAUCGCCUUGGCAUCCCACAUCAACUACCAUCUGGGCCUGUUGCCGGACCCACCUGCAUCGAUGUUACCUCUGCAGCCCCCAUCUAUCACCCUCAGCCUGAUCGCUCUCUGUCUACUCCGCUUUGUCCUGGGUGUCCUCAUUCUCCUGGCGACCAGGGCCGUAAUGAAGGCUCUCACCAUCCCGCUCGUCUGCUGGCUCUUUGGGAUUCCCAGCGGCGACGUUCGGAAGGCCAGGCAGCACAUGGAGGUGGAAUUGCCAUAUCGUUAUAUCGUCUACGGAUCUGUGGGGUUAAAUGCACAUUUCCUUGUGCCUUUCCUAUUUAUACAAAUGGGUCUGUUGUGAUUGGGUGAAAGAACCAUCCAUCUUUUCGGCCAAUAAGAGCCUAGUUGGACUGCAGAGGCCCUUCCCUUCAAAUCAAUAUUGGAUGGGACUUAAGCCUGUAACACUGUGCUGCACCUUCCAAAUGUUCCCCAAAUAUGUUUUCCAUCAUUUAUACUGUAGUUUUAGCAGAUUUUCUAUUCAAAAAACCUGUGUUUGGUGUUGAUUCAGAGAUUAUGGCCCUUUUCUAAGCAGUUGCAUGUAAAGUACAGUAGCAUGUCUAUUCUCAUC